AUGUCAUUUAAUAUAUUUCAAAUAUUUAUUAGUAAUUUAAAUUCGAAAAUAAAAUUUUUAUCAUUGACAACAGUGAUUGAAGAUAUUAAUUAUCUUGAUGCUAAUCGAUGGGAAAAUUUUAUUUUAACAAAAUUACCUCAAUUAGAAAAAUUUUAUUUUAAAUACAGUGCAUAUUUAGAAGAAAAUUAUGAAACUCCAAUAUAUCUUGGACAUCGUGAUCAAUUUAUUUCAUCAUUUUGGCUUCAACGACGAUGGAUAUUAGAUAUUGAAUUUGAAUUUGAAAAUGUCAUUUAUUCAAUACGUCCAUAUCAAAAAAGAUGGUAUGAAUAUGAUACACAAAAUAUGAUGAUUAAUUCUUCUGAUGACUUAUCAAAAUCUAUUCGACUUCGUUUAGAUGAUCUAUGUCCUGAAAAAUGGACAAAGACAAUAUACUUAAAUGAUUAUAUUAAUUAUACAUUAACUUUAACACAAAUUCAUCAUUUAGAAAUUCAUGCAAAAAUUUUUUGUGAUAAAUUAAUGGAAAUUUUACAUUUAUUACCUGAUAUUAUAACACUAAAAAUUUUUUCUUUACCAAUUUUAAAACAAGGAAAUUUAUCAAACGAUGAAAUUGAAUUUCUUUGUAUACUAUUACCUAAAAAUCAAAUUCGAAAAAUUUGUUUUGAAAAUAUGGAAGAUGUGGAUGAACUUUAUAUGUUACUUUUAAUAUGUUCACGUAUAAAUCAUCUUCAAAUUCAAUGUAUUAAUUAUACGCAUGCUGAAUUAUUAAUGGAACUUAUUUUAACAGAAAUUAAGGGUGUAUCUAAUUCUUUACUUCGAUUAUUAUGUUUUUCUAUUCCAGAAGCACAUGAUGAAAUGAUUGAAAAAUUCGAAAAAAUGAUCGAUAGAGAAAAUUUACGUUUUGAUUUUAUAAUUAAACAUGUUAUGAAUAAAAUCUAUUUAAAAUGGAAAUAA